CAGCGGGUAAAAUUUGUUCGUUAUUAUAAUCGAACACUGGGCCAUAAAUUUAUAUAAGCUUAUCAGAUUCUCUUGAUACAUGUAUUAUUUAGUCGAUAUCUCAGUAAGCAGAUUUAUAAGCUUUUUUUUGCAAAUAAAAUGAAUCCUUUUAAUAUUGAUCGCACAUAAUUUAACAAGAUUAGUUAUAAAUAAAAAACAUAAAUUACCAGAAUUUGUUGAUGGAGAUGUCGAGACGAGAUAUCGCCCAUUUAUCAUUUCGCGAUCCAUAAUUACAGUUUUAAAACAUUUUUAAAUAUUUAUUUUUAAAUUUAAUUACCGAGUCAUAAAAUUAAAUUCAUGAUUUUUCUGAUUUAACACAACUGGUGAUUUUUGUUGAAAGACAAGUUUUUGAUUUGACGGAAUGCCGAAUAGAUCACAGCGUGCUGUUAUUAUGAUACGUCGUUACUUUCCAUCAUCAUCUGAACUGCGUAAAAGUUUUAAAUUGCGCAGUAAAGAAUAUUUAAGUGAAAAUACACUUCAUGGAUUUCGAUAUUUUGUGGAUUCAAGUCGUCCGACUUGGGAAAGAAUUUUUUGGUUGGUCUGUACAAUUGCGUCGUUGUGCGCAGCUUUGGGGAUUAUUGUUACUAUUUUGCAACGAUUUCAAACAAAUCCAACUCUAACUGGCACAAUGGUUGACAAGACAAACUGGUCUAUUACUUUACCAAGUAUAAGUAUUUGUAUGACAUCAGAUUAUUUAGAUUUAUCCCGAAUGUCUGAGGAUAAGACAAAUAUUUAUCAGGCAUUCUAUGAUUGGGAUUGGGAGCCAAUAGUAAAUAUCACAUUGCCGAAAUCAUUACAAAUAUCGAGUGAUAUAUUUUUUCAAAUAACACCAGCUUGUGAUAAUUUAUUAACCGAUUGCUUUGAUCAAGGAAUCAGGAAAGACUGCAACAAAAUAUUUAAAAAAAUUUUGACUUCCGCAGGAAUUUGUUGUCAAAGUUCGACAAAAGAAGUGUUAACUGAAAAUCAAAAUACCUCAAUGUUAUUUACUCUUAAAUAUGACAAACCUCUAAACCUCUAUUUAUUACAGAUGGAUGAAGAUACACCAACACGGGAUACUCCAAUAAGUUAUGUUUUAAAACGAAAUAUGAAUUUGAUGGUUUCAACUGUAAGGACAGAUGCUUCUGAACAAAUGCGUUUUUUAACCCGUUCCCAGCGAAGUUGCAUAUUUUAUGACGAAGAUAUUUCGUACAACAAUUGUGUUUUAGAAUGUCAGAAAAAGACGAUCCGUAAAAUAUGCGGAUGUCUUCCGUGGUUCCUAAGUAAAAACAGACAAGAGCAAUGCAGUAUAGAUAAAUAUUCUUGUCUAUCAGAUAAUGCUGAGCGCUUGCGUAGACCAAAAUGUUCAUCUGAAUGUUACCUUUAUUGUAGCCAUACAUCUUACACAUUCGAGAGCAUUGCCAAUAGUUAUGUAACAGUUGUCACAACCAGGUGGCCUAUUGUCCGCUACAGAAGAGAAGUACGAUUUGGUUGGCUAGAUCUAGUCGUUUCGUUCGGUGGUAUUAUGGGACUGUUUCUAGGGUAUUCUAUUCUUACGACAGUUGAAUUAAUUUAUUAUUUUUCUUUAAGAUUUUAUUGUGGUGCUGUUGUUGCAAAUGAUAAUGACGUUACUAUUAAGCUUAAAAAAAUUAAAGUUAAACAAAGUAAAGAAAAACAAGUGCAACCUACAGCUCCAACUACGAUGUAUUAUGAUUAUAUUGAAUAAGAAAUCAAACUUUUUAGUUAAAAAUAAUAAUUUUUAUUCUUUUGAUUAAAUGACAAUUGUCACUGGCAAUUAACAAAAAUGUAUAUUAUCUUUAAGCCAUAUCUAUGUAUAUAGAGAGGAAAAAUUUAUCAGGUGAAUUAUUAUUUUUUUUUUUAAGCUUUUCAUUUUUAUAAAAUUUUAUGAAUUUAAAUUCCGAUAAUUUAAAAAAAUUAAAAAAAAAAUGAUUAUAUUAUUCUGGUAAUAAAUAAUCAAUUGAUAUUGAUUUUAAAAUGGUAUAUUAAUUUAAUAGAUCUAUAAAAGAUUUAACU